AUGACCUCCCUCCGUCUCUUCGGCUCUGCUCCCAAAGCAAGACACCUCGCCCGUGUAUCACUCAUCAAUACUAGACCAUCUCAUCACCACCACCAGCUCAGGAUGUCUUCUUCCACCCAAACAAUGCACCUCUUACCCGACAACACGGGCCUCUGGGGGAUAACCCAAACCCCCUCCGCCGCAGCCAAAACCUCGGAGCUAUUACAGCAAGACAUGGAGAACCACCACGUCUUCUUCAACCAGUCCGGCUUCCACAACCACAUCCCCCACCACCUCCUCGCCUUGUACGGCACCGGCGCGGGGCCAUCACACCUCCAGUCUGCCUAUGACACCAACGCUUCGUACCAACGGCCGGUGUUGCCUGUUCAUAAAUCAGUGACUCUCACACCGGAGACAUUGACAGAAUACUACGGUAAAGAAGAGUACUACCCGGACUUUUUAACAUUUUUCCAAUCUGAGAUCGACCGGUUGGGAUGGAAGGAGACAGUGACGAGGUAUUUAUUUGAAGAGGGGGAGGGAAAGGAGGAUUUGAUAAUCAGGUUGUUUGGAGGGUUUUUGCACCCGCUGAUUCAGCUCAUGUAUGGGCUUGAGUGGGGGCUGACUGGGGUGGUGGCGGAGGGGUUGGCGCAGGCGGCUGUUCACAGGGAUGAUCUCAGGGAGUUUUUGUUGACUGCUGAAGAAAAGGGACGGGGGCGGGAAGAAGGGGAGACGGUGCUGGGGUUGUUACGGGAGGCGGAGGGACUGAAAGGGGCGGCGAGGUCGGAGGAUGGGAAUAAGAUCCGGGAUGGGGUUUUGGUGCGGGCAAAGGGGGAGAUGGUUGACUUGGCUGGGAGGGUCAAGGUGGGGGAGGGGGAGGUGGAGGGGAGGACGAGGGAGAUGUUUAAUGGGGCGGUUUAUGUCGCGGCUGGGGCGGCGGUAAGCAUGACUGACCGAAAAAAGGUGCCGAAGUUUGAUUUUUUUCUGAUGCACCAUGUCAACGCGGCACCGUUUUUUGUCACGAUGAACAAGAUGGAUUGGGUGCCGGAGAAAACAAAAAGGAGGUUGUUGGAGUGGAAGAUUAGGAUGGACUUGUUGCAGUAUGUGGCUAGGGGGUGUCCUGAGCUGAGGGUGGAAAGGUUGGAGGGGUAUGAGCCGAAGCAGCCUGGAAAGGCGAAGAUGGUGGAGGAGAUUGUGAGUAGGUUGCAUGGGUUUGGGGAUGAUGGGCAUGCUAUCAAGCUGGGGAGGGCGACGGUGGUUUGUAGGAAUAUUUGUCGGGAGUAUGAAGAGAAAGAAGGGUUCAUGAUUAAAGGAGGGUUGUGGGAGAAGAUAUGCCACUUGAUUGUUGACUCGGUUGAGGCGCCGGGGGAGCAUUGGGUGAGGAGUGCCGGGUUUGAGGAGGCUUGGAAGGACAUACCCAACGUCGACGACAGCAAGUUGUAGAGAGAAAAACAGAAUGUGGUAUCAAAAUGGUAUCAAUCAUUUUUUUCCGACGCCAGCCUUUUGCCUUUAACGUAGUAUAACAUAAUAUUAAACCGAAAUCAUCCAAAUUCCCUUCACUCU